AUGGGCCGCUUCCAGACCCUCCUCAACCGCACCUUUUUCAACAACAACCCGGUGCUCAAGCUCUGUCCCGCCCCAAGCUGCAUCUACACCAUCAAAUGCCAUGUCUCCGAGGAGAGCUUUGACACCGUUGUGCACAGCGUCGCCUUUCUCUGUGGCCAAAGGUACUUGCCUCCCCCCUCUACCAUCUUGCUCCGGGCGGGCUACUAA